AUGGUCACUGAGGUUGAGGGCAACAUUUUAUUUUCUGCAAGUUGGCCCCAAGUCUUCCAUUUGUCUACACAUUUUGUCUCUGCUAACAUCAGUUCUCAUUGCAAUCUCGAUGAUGUCACUAUACCCACAGCAAUUGAAACCAUUAUAUUUUUCUUAUCAGGAUACAUUGAAUAUGUUGCCCAGAAUUGCCCAACGCCUUUUUUGGGAAGUUUCAACUAUACCUUUAAUGAUGGUUCUCAAACAUACUGUGAUGGAACAAGUGUUUGGGAUGUAUGUUCCGAUCAAACACAAAUGGUCGUAAACCAUACCCUCUGUUCAACGAAACAAUUUUAUUCAAACGGUGGUGUUGCAUAUUGCGCCUAUUCGACGUCUGUGGGAAGUACUUACUACGUCACAGUGGUCAAUGCCGACAGUACUGUGUAUUUCACGACCACAUUCCGAUUCACUUGUUAUGCUGUGAAGAGUUCUGGUGGAUUUGUUUAUGCUAGUGACAAUAAAGGAGCGUGUGUUCUGGAACAGGAUCCACAAACCAAGUUAUCAACAGGAUCUGGAACACUGAUCUUAUCUGUUUAUGCCUCCAAAUCAGUUUCAUCUAGAAAGAGUUCGAAUGGCUAUAUGUACAUUGGUAUCGUGAUUGGCGCUAUAGCAGGGGCACUUGUCUUAGCAGUAGCAGUACUUGUGUUUGGGACGUUGUUGUAUAGGAAGUAUACAGCACGGAUUUUCCCUCAUGAACACACAGAUGGAUGACGAAAAUUAAACCACAUAUUGUCAACAGAGUCAAUGA